AUGGCGCCGAUCCGAAGAUACCUGCGCAUAACGAAAUUCUCCGUCCUCGAAGUGCGCAUCUACCUACACAAACCCUCCGACGCCUCCUGGCUGCUCUCCUCGCGCGACAACGUCCUCGAGCGCAUCAUCCACGCAGUCCGCCCCAAAGUGCUCCCGAAACUACGCGAGGAGAACGAAAACGCAAAGAAGAAGAGCAGCGCCGGUCGCAAGAAGCGCAUCACGAAAGAUGUCGCCGUGCAGGAGGAUUUCGAAGUUUCCAUCUUUUUGAAAGAGAACAGCACGCGGCAUAGUCUGAUGACGAAGCAGAAGAAGUUUCGGGACAAGCAGCCGAGGAUUCGGAGUACGGGGAGUAAAUUGACGGGGUGGCUGGAGAGGAACGAUGUGGCGAAUCCGAUUCGCAUUGAGGAGGAUGAGGAGGUGCCGGGGGUGCUGAGGGAGGAAGGGGAGGAUGAGGUAGUAGAGUUGAAAGACAUACCGGAGGCGACGACGAUGAAGAAGGCUGGAGAGAAGCGCAAGAUGAACGAAGAAGAUGCAGAUGCUCUGUUUGUGAGCUCCAGCGACGAAGAGUUCUUUGCGACACAGCGUGCGAAACGUAUGAAGUCUUCGAAGAAACGAAACCGGGACACGGUCACAGAGGAGCCUCCGGUCGAACCAGCCGAAGAGCCAGAUGAUAAGAAGAAGCUGAAUAUGGACACUUCAUACGACGGUUUCAGUAUCUAUGGGCGAAUUCUCUGCCUCAUCGUCACGAGGAAGGGCAAGAAAGACACAGCUGCUCCAGUUGGUGGGAGCCAGAUGAUGGAGAAUUGGGUCAGCACCCAGGCCGCUCAAGAAGCCGGUAUUCUUGGCGACGACGAAGGUUGA